AUGGACGACAUCUACGGUGGUUCUGAUGAGGUGUCAGAACUCAAGGACAUAGCCAAGGAUCUCAUCGAUCUUCUCAACUCUGGCGGAUUCCCUCUAGCUAAAUGGCAAAGCAAUCACCCCGAUUUCUUCGACGCUGUAACAAGGAAAGGCGACUUGAAUUCCCACUUAAUCGAUCACACUCAAACCAAGGUUCUCGGUCUCUCAUGGUUUCCAAGGUCAGAUGAAUUCAAGUUCUCCUUUGAGCCAACAUCUCUCCCAGGUCAAGGAAUAUCCAAAAGGUCUAUCUUAUCCGAGGUAUCUCAAUUGUUUGAUCCCCUAGGAUUUCUUUCUCCCGUCAUCAUCCGAGCCAAAAUGUUGCUGCAGGAACUGUGGCUUGAGAAAUUGGGUUGGGACGACCCUUUAUCUGAGAAACUAUCUUCAAGGUGGAUCAAAUUCAAGGAAGAGCUAGCUCAAUUCCCCGAGAUCUCAAUCCCUCGAUGGCUCAAUCUCACAUCAACCUCAACAACGGAAAUUCAUGGAUUCUCGGACGCAUCACAACUCGCAAUGGCAGCUGUUGUUUUUCUCAAAACCUCGGAACCAAACCAAGAAUCAAAAGUUACAUUUGUUUGUGCCAAAACCAAGGUUGCUCCCCUCAAACGUCUAACCAUUCCAAGGUUGGAACUCUCGGCUGCUCAACUCUUGGCACGACUUGUGAACUACGUUCAACGGACCCUGGAAUUAUGUCAAGUUCCAGUAUUCCUGUGGACAGACUCAUCGGUAGCCCUCACUUGGAUCAACAGCCACCCCUCUCGUUGGAAGGAAUUUGUACACAACAGGGUAUCUUCGAUCCAUGACCUCGUCCCUCAAGGUCAAUGGAGAUUCAUCAAAGGAAAAGAAAAUCCUGCUGACUGUGCAUCAAGGGGCCUAUCAAUUCAACAACUCUCUCAACAUCACUUCUGGUGGAAUGGUCCACCAUGGCUCAAGGACAUCAAGGAAAACUGGCCCUCAUCAACCUCAAGGUCGGAUUCAUCAGCUCAAGUCGAAGAAAGACCAGGAUUAACAUUUACUGUUACCACCUCUCACCCCCAAUUGUGGGAUCUGAUUCAUCAAUACUCAGAUCUGCACUCAUUGUUAAAAAUCACCUCAAUUUGCCUCAGAUUUCUCGCUAUUCUCAAAAGGAUUCCCAACUCUUCUCUGGCCAACCCAAUCGGACUCAAGGAUCUCGAUCUUGCAAGGACAUUCUGGAUCAAGAAUAUUCAAGUGGCCUACUUCUCAGCAGACAUCAAGGAUCUCAAUCGAGGCACAAAAUUCUCAAGGUCUCAUCCGCUUUCCAAACUCAAUCCAUUCAUCGAUCAUCAAGGUAUUCUCAGAGUCGGAGGUCGACUCAAAGACUCAAGUUUGGAUCACGAAAGCAAACAUCCUGCUAUUCUACCCAAGGAUUCUCCCCUCACUCGACUUCUGAUAGCGGAUGCUCAUUCAAGGACUCUUCACGGAGGAACUCAACUCACCUUGGCUCAUCUAAGGAAUUCCUACUGGAUCAUCGGAGGAAGACAACCAGUAAGGUCAUUCAUUCUCAAGUGCAUUCCUUGUGCUCGACAAAGAGGAAUUCGUGCUCAACAACUCAUGGGUCGUGGAGCUAAAACGAAAAAGGGAUGGAUUUGUCUCUUUGUGUGCUUCUCAUCAUCGGCUCUGCAUCUCGAGGUAGUGACGGAUUAUUCCACCAACGGAUUUCUCGCAGCCUACCGCCGAUUUGUCUCAAGGAGAGGUAUUUGUCAAACACUCUACAGUGAUUGUGGUACCAACUUCAUCGUCGCGGACACUACUCUCAAGCAACUCUUCAAGGACGGAUCUCAAGAAGCCAAGGAACUCUCUCAACUACUGAUCAAGGACGGCACCUCCUGGAAAUUCAACCCUCCAGCAGCUCCACACAUGGGUGGAAAAUGGGAAGCUGCCGUGAAAUCAAUCAAGUAUCAUCUCAGAAGGACGAUCGGCGAGACGAUUUUGACGUACGAGGAAUUUACGACUCUUCUUACGCAAAUCGAAGCGGUUCUCAACUCCCGACCAUUGGAACCUCUUACAGAGGACCCUGACGACUUGUCAGUUCUCACACCAGGACAUUUUCUCAUCGGGGAACCACUCACAUCAAUACCGGAACCAUCCCUCUUGGACCUGAAAACUUCAAGGUUAACAAGGUGGAAAUUGAUUCAACAACAAGCUCAAUUUUUCUGGGCGAAGUGGUCCACCUGUUAUCUUCAACAACAACUCGCUAUCUCCAAGUGGCAUCAUCCAACACAUCAAAUCAAGGUUGGUUCUCUAGUUCUCCUCACUGACGAAAGGUUCCCUCCCUCAAAAUGGCCUUUAGCUAGGGUCACUGCAUUACACCCUGGCAAGGACGGUCUCACCAGAGUCGUUUCAAUUAAAACUGCAACGACACAUCUCAAACGACCAAUCACCAAGUUGGCUGUGCUCCCCAUCUCGACGGAAGAAGCUCUCAAGGACAACAACUCAACCUAA